AUGGGCAAAGACUACUACGCUAUUCUCGGUAUCUCUAGAGAUGCAGACGACGAUACUAUCAAAAAAGCCUAUCGUAAAUUAGCUUUGAAAUGGCAUCCUGAUAGAAACAAGGACAAGUCAGAUGUCGCUAACGCCAAAUUUCAAGAGAUUGGUGAAGCCUACGAAGUAUUGAGUGAUAAAAACAAGCGCGCUAUCUUUGAUCAAUAUGGUGAAGAAGGCCUCAAAGGACGCGGUCCUGCUCCCGAGGAAGGCGGUGCUGGAGGUUUCCCUGGUGGUGGUGCUGGGGGUUUCCCUGGUGGUGGCAGUUUCCGUUUCACGUCAAGUGGCCCAGGCGGUGCUAGCGGCGGUUUCCAUCCUUCUGAUGCCGAUGAUAUCUUUAAACACUUCUUUGCUUCCUUUGGUGGAGGAGGAGGAGGUAUGGGAGGAAUGGGUGGCAUGGGUGGCAUGGGUGGAGGAGAUGGCAUGCCCAGUGGUUUCUCAUUCAGCAGCAGUGGCGGCGGUAUGCCUGGCGGUAUGCCUGGUGGCAUGGGCGGCGGCGGUCGUCGUGGUUUCAGACAAGCUCAACAAUACGAAGAUGAAAAACCUCCUGCUAUCAAGCGUCCCUUCCCUAUCUCUCUCGAGGAUCUCUACAAGGGUGCAGUUAAACGUUUAAAGGUUACUCGUAAAUUGCGUGAUGGUGCCACUGGUCGUCCUGUUUCCACAGACAAAAUUUUGACCAUCAACGUGAAGCCUGGAUGGAAGGCUGGUACCAAGAUUAGAUUCCCUGGCGAAGGUGACGAACUCGAAAAUGGUCAAACCCAAGACAUUGAAUUCAUUGUUGAAGAGAAACCUCACAGUGUAUUCAAGCGUGAAGGCGAUAACCUCCGUAUCACUAUUACAUUGACAUUGGUGGAGGCUUUAACUGGAUUCCACAAGACUAUUAAGACGCUCGAUGACCGCACCUUAAGUGUCAACAAUACCAAAUCUGUUAUUCAUUCUGGCCAAGAAUCUCGUGUUCCUAAUGAGGGUAUGCCAAACUCAAAGACUGGCAGAAAGGGCGAUUUGCUCAUUACUUACGAUGUCAAGUUCCCUACCUCUUUGACAGACAGCCAAAAGGAAGCUGUCAAGAAGGCCCUCUCUUGA